AUGAGUAGUCGUAAAUCUAAGCAGAAAUCGGAUAUUCGUGAUUUUUUUCAAAACUCUGCUAAAAAAUUGCGAAUAGAAACACAGCACCCAAACGAUGAUAUACCUGGUCACAGUAGUAGUAUUACAAGCACUGAAAAUAAGAGAAAUAAAAAUAAUGAAGCUGUUGAUUCAUCUUUACUAUCAACUUCAUUAUCACAGCAACUUAUGAUUCUUAACAAACUUAUCGGUUCUUAUGUUUAUGGUGGACCAAAUGCAGAAAUUAUUGACGAUGUCAAAAAAGAAAACGUAUUUCGAAACACAUGGGUCCCAUCUCUUACUUACAUUUUUCCUGUUCAGCAAAGUCAGUCUUUUACAAGACAUUUUCAACAAAAGUGGUUGAAUGAUUACCCAUGGUUGGCCUAUUCAGAUAUCCAUAAAGGAUUAUUUUGUAAAACUUGCGUUUUAUUUUUGACUAAUUUAGAAAGAGGAAAAGGUUCUCAUCAGCAGGUUAAUCAAUUUGUACGAUCUCCAUUCACAAAUUGGAAAAAAGCUACCGAGAGUUUUGCCAAUCACGCCAAACUCAAUUACCACAAAGAUGCGUGUACUUCAGCCGUAAAUUUUUUAUCGGUGUUCGAUUCAAAAACUCUGGACGUAUGUUUGCAGAUUAAUACGAAAACAAAGAAAGAAGCCGAUGAAAAUAGAAAAAAGUUGCGAACGAUUAUUCAGACACUUAAAUUUUGCGGUCGACAAGAAUUAGCUCUUAAAGGGCAUAUUGACAGUGGUCGUUUGACUUUAGAAGAACCAACACACAACGAUGGCAAUUUUCGUGCUCUAUUAAGAUUUCGCGUUCAAAGUGGUGAUGAGGUGCUGAAGGAGCAUUUGUUAAAUUCGGCUCACAAUGCUAUGUAUACCAGCCCAGACAUACAGAAUGAAUUUAUACAGCUGAUUGGCGCGGAAAUUAUUUCACAAAUCGUUAAACGAGCAAUAAAGUCGCGGUUCUUUACCGUUCUCCGCAGAUGA